GGCCCCAGCAACAAGAGAGGGUUCCGGCUUCAUAACUGCUGUGUUUGUCCUCAGAGUAACUGUAGCUGCUUUCAGUCCCUUUGAAUGUCACAAACGCGAAGAGGAAAGAUGCAGCUUCUUAUCGUCUUUAGCGUGUUGGUUUUUUCUGUUGUUGCUCAAGCCUGCGAUGAGGAGACGUCUUACAAAAAGGAUAAUAAAUGCUGCAAGAUGUGUGAGCCAGGUACGAAGAUGAAACAAAACACAGACUGUUUUGAUCCAGUCUGUGAGGAGUGUGCUGAUGGGGAAUAUCAGGAUGUUUACACCAUUAAAUCUCAGUGCAAACUCCAACGAGCCUGCGACCCCAACCUUAAUUUGCAGGCAGAAACUAGAAGCAAGAAACAACGCAGUACAUGUGUAUGUAUUCCUGACCAUCACUGCGCAGGCACGGAAUGUGGUUCAUGUGUAAGAAACACACAAUGCAAACCAGGCGAGAAAAUAAGCAAACUUGCCACUCAAACUUCAGACACCGUGUGUGUACCCUGUCCUAAUGGGACAUUUGUAGACCAUGAGUCAGCUUCAAACUGCAAGCCUUGGACACAAUGUUCUUCAGGAUCCAAAGAACUUCGUCCAGGCUCUUCCACAUCUGAUAGAAUCUGUGAGGCCCAGAAACAGAAGCUUGCCAUAGUCAUACCUGUGGUUGUUGCGCUGCUCUUGUUGGUUUUGGGUGCUUUAGCAUACAUGUUUUACAGAAAAGGCAAAACAGGAUCUGCGUUCUUCAUGCAAAAGUUAUGGCCAGGUACAUUUGGGGGUGUUGAACAUCCUCAGCAACCUGCUGCAAACAACGGAAAUGUAGAAAUCGGACAACCAGCGCAGCCUAUCAAUCAGCCACAGGAAGACACCGAAGAUUUUUUAAAACAUGAUAAUUCCUUAGCCCCAGGCGUCACUGAAAAUGGAAUGCCUGUCAUUCAAGACCAGAGUAAAUCCUUACUUCUUUCUGAGGCUGAAACUGAGCCAGGAAGCUUUUCAGACUAUUUGUAAUAAAGUCAUACAUGUUGGAAAUCUGUCAUCAAAGUUCAUGCGCAUUAGUAUAGUCAGCAAAUGCUCUUAGAAAUAAAAAUUGGUCACUGACUGCACUUGAGAUGUAAAAAAUGUAAUGUGGAAUGUCAUGUAGCAGGCAGCAACUUGGAAAAGAUUUUCAAACUGCUCGUAAUUUCCACUUGUCUCUCUACCAUAAUAUAUGUAUUAGUGUAUAUCCAGUUAUGAUGACUUUAUGGAGUUAGAGCAUGAUGUUGUGAUCAAGUUGGAAUGACCUUGAAUAAGAGUUUCAGGCAUGGGUCAGAGUUGCACUACUUUUUUUGUUUUGUUCUUUACUUUUUUAUAUUAGUGUACAUAUUCCUGUUAUUGUGCCAAUUUUAUUUGUGUUUGAAUUUUGAGAUUUUGAAAUUGGAUGUUCAUGUGAUUAUGUGAUGUAAAAUAAACACUUACUUGGUUCAUCAAA